CAGCCGUCCACGCUUCCCGGGGCCCCUUGGUUCAGCACCUCUGCAAAUAAGAGAGGGGUAGAAAAGGAGAGCUGAUCACCGCUGCUUGUGAGCUGGGGGUGGCUCACCCCCCGGGCUACCCACUACCCAGUCUUCACCCUGCUGGCCCGCCUGGCUCUGACCCUGCUGCCCUGCCUCUCCAUGUCUCCGGCCCACAGUGUCAACCUACUGAGCAGCCUGCCGGGGCCAGCCGGGCCCUCUGCUUCACUGUCUGCAGACUGGCAGACCCGGGGCCAGGUGCGGUGCUGGCUGGGGGGUGUUUGCUGUGUCCAGGCCCAGCUGGCAGUGGUCGGUGGUGGCCGAGGUCUUCUUCCUCGACCUCUUCGUUGGGCUCUUCUCCCUGACUGCCAGCUUCCACUGUGCAAAUAGUGCCCCCCAGAGGAGUCAGGUUGCCCAUUGGGGGGCGCUGUGCUGUGACCUGGGCCCGUGUAACCAGCACACUCUGGUGUUGUACGUGGUGGUCAUCAUUCCCAGGGUCCUGCUCCACCUCUGCUCUCACAAAGCCAAGACAGAGGGAACCUCACCAUGAUGCUAAAGAUGCAGGGUGUUGUUCCCUGACUUCUGACGGCCAUGCUGCUACUCUACUCCCUGUUCUUCACCUGGAGAUUCAACCUGGACACCAGCAGACAGGGGACCCCUACCCCUGGGAGUGGGAGUGUGAUCAGAGCAGUAACAGUGUGAUGGAGCAGUUUGGGCGGGAGCUUCUGGUCUCUGUCCCUCCACACUCUAUCAUCCUGACCCAAGGAGACCUCCCAGGGAACUCCCUGCGCUACUGCCAGAGACGUACGCCUCGUUGACCAGGAGGUUACUACUUUGUCACUUAAUAUGAUGAUGUACAGCUGGUACGUGGCCAAGCUGGGCCAGCAUCACCCUGGGGUUCACUUCCCAGGGCGCUGGUGGGACCCGGUCCACACGGAGGAGAAAGACACCUUCAGUCUGGAGAAGUUCCUCUCUCACAACACACAGGGGGCUGUGCUGGCCUGCAUCAGGCUGCCUAACCGGGACCCCAGCUGGGAGAGGAGCUUUUCUCACUGGCCCUUCCACCCGGAGGAGUGGACCCGCCACACCCUCUACAUCUGGACCGAGCCACACAACAGGAUGAAGACGGCUUUCUUUCUGUUUGACCUGGCUGAGAGGAUCCAGGGAGAGGAGAAAGCUGGUCUGUUUGACCUGGCUGAGAGGAUCCAGGGAGAGGAGAAAGCUGGCCUGUUUGACCUGGCUGAGAGGAUCCAGGAAGAGGAGAAAGCUGGUCUGUUUGACCUGGCUGAGAGGAUCCAGGAAGAGGAGAAAGCUGGUCUGUUUGACCUGGCUGAGAGGAUCCAGGGAGAGGAGAAAGCUGGCCUGUUUGACCUGGCUGAGAGGAUCCAGGGAGAGGAGAAGCUGGUCUGUUUGACCUGGCUGAGAGGAUCCAGGGAGAGGAGAAAGCCUGUUUGA